CGUCCUAAUUCCAAAAAUUACCUCUUGUAUUUAUGGCCGCGUUCUCUUGUCUUUGGAUCUUUCGACGGUUUUCCUUUUCCGGUUCUGCAUCAAAGCUGUAACCAUGCCGCUCGCUGUUGACUUGCUGCACCCAGCCCCCGCGUUGGAGAGGAGGAAACAUAAACUUAAGAGACUGGUGCCACAUCCUAACUCAUAUUUCAUGGAUGUAAAAUGCCCAGGCUGCUACAAAAUCACUACGGUAUUCAGUCAUGCACAGAGGGUGGUCGUCUGCGCGGGAUGCUCAACAAUCCUGUGCCAGCCCACCGGAGGUCGUGCUAGAUUAACCGAAGGAUGUUCGUUUAGGAGAAAGCAACAUUAAAAAUCCUGGAGAGAGAGCCCAAACCGUAAUUUAAGUUUUGCAUUUGAUUCCAAGAGUAUGAUGGAGUGAUUACAAAUUCAUUAAAUUAAUGGAUCCACUGAAGCAUUACAAAUAAAGGCUUUGUCAAAGGGA